GUUUUGCAGAGGCUGCUGCAUACUCUGUCUCUCUCUGCUCCAUUCCAUAAGAAAUAGCUGAUUAGAGGUACUCGGCGACUACGGAGUCAUGAGUUCUCCAAUACGUCCAGUCAUUCUAGAGAGAAAACGAGCUGACUACAAUGCAGAAGUGCCUAUCAAGAAGCAGUUUGCUCAUGCAAGAAGGUUCAUCAACCUAAGCAGAGGCUUUGAUCCAUUUGCAACUACACUGCCUUGGUAUCAACACUGGGGACAUGAUGGGAUUUCUGAGCGAGAGCAACCACUCCAGCUGUUGGCUCCACAACGAAUGCAUAGUAUGCUCACCUCAGUUGAAGUCAGCUCACCACUGCCACUUGCGCUACAACCAACAGCCCCAAUAGACUUACGAACUGAUCUGCGGAUUGCAAUGCCAGUUGUGGACCCGGCUGCCAGGGAGAACCAACUGCAGCAAGAACUACUCCUGCUGCAGCAGCAGCACCAGCUUCAGAAACAACUUCUCUUUGCCGAGUUCCAGAAACAACAUGAAACCCUCACCAGGCAACACCAAGUCCAGCUCCAGGAACACCUCAAGCAACAACAGGAAUUGCUAGCCAUACAACAUCAGCAGGAGCUUCUGGAGCAGGAACGUAAAUUGGAAAAACAGCGGCAGCAGCAAGAGCUUGGGAGACAGCUACGCGAGCAGCACCUUCUGUUUCUUCGAAAUAAAGAAAGGGGCAGAGAAAGUGCAGUGGCCAGUACUGAGGUGAAACAGAAGCUUCAGGAGUUCCUGCUGAGCAAGUCAGCCAAAGAGUCUCCAAUGAGUGGACAGAACCAUUGUCUACCACAGCAUCCCAAGCUCUGGUACAUGGGAGCCCACCAUGCUUCACUGGACCAGACCUCACCACCCCAGAGUGGAAUUUCUCCGUCUUACAAUCAACCAUUGCCAGGGAUUCAGAACACAAAGGAUGAUUUCCCCCUGCGAAAAACUGCCUCUGAGCCAAAUUUGAAGGUGCGUUCCAGGUUAAAACAGAAAGUGACAGAGAGGAGGAGUAGUCCAUUAUUGCACAGAAAAGAUGGCGCCAUUAUCAGCACCUUCAAGAAGAGAACGCUUGAGAGAACAGAUUCCUCAGUGUGUAGCAGUGCCCCAGGAUCUGCUCCUAGCUCUCCUAACAAUAAUUCCAGUGGCAUGUCAGUGGAGAAUAGAUUAUCAAAUUCACCUGCUGAGCAGUUGCAGCCGCAUCACAGGAUUCUGAAUUGGGAUGGAUCAGUGAAUGCAAUAAAUCUCUACACAUCACCAUCAUUGCCCAAUAUUACUCUGGGUCUCCUAGCCACUGCUGUCUCUUCUACCUCCUCCCAGAUCAACGUCUCAACAGCAAACCAAAAUUCUGACAGACAUACCAUUCAGGGAACAGCUCUUACUGGACAGUUCAGACGAAGUACUCCUUUAUCUGCUUUCUUGCCACCUGCACCUUUUGAUGGGAAGGUUAACAGCACCCAUCAAGCUCUGCUACAACACGUAUUCCUGAUGGAACAGGCUCGAAAACAGAGUCCACUCACAACCGGUAUGGUUCCUCUUCAUGUUCACUCUGCAUUGAUACCAGUGGGCGAGAAAUUGUCACCAACUCUUAGAGCUGCAAAUAAGCUGCCACGCCACAGACCACUUAAUCGAACACACUCUGCUCCACUCCCACAAAACACACAAGCGUUGGCACAGCUGGUUGUUCAACAGCAACAUCAAGAAUUCUUGGAAAAACAGAAGCAAUACCAGCAGCAGAUACAGUUGAACAAGACACUUUCCAAACCCCAUGUGCAGCUUCAACAGCCUGAAAGACACCCAGAGCAGACAGAGGAAGAAUGCUGCCAACAGCAAGUCAUACAGGAGGAUGAGGGGCCUCCCUGUGGUAGCAGCAGGAGCAACAGCAAUAGUAUCUACGAGAGAACAGCAACAGAUACUGUGGAGGUGAAAAAGGAGCCUUCAGACAACAGUGAUAAGAUCCAAUUAAAACAGAAUGAUCCUGUGGAAAAGAGCACAUUUUUUCACCAGCAGCUCCUGGAUCAUCAGCGUGUCCACCAGCUUGGAGCAUACCAAACUCAGAUGGCCAUGGUUGGCAUGACAGGAUCAGGGAAGCAGAGGGCUGUUUCCAGGACACGGUCAUCACCAGCUGCUUCCACAUUACCGCACCCCUCCACAGACCAUCCCAUCAGGCACGUCCAUUCCACUGGUAGGAGUCCCAAAGGAAUUCUUUAAUAGGCACUCUUAAUUCAGUAUUCUUAGGAGCUCAACAGAUUCCAAUGCUAUAAAUAACACAAAUUGCACUUUUGUUACACUUCAAUUAUUAUUUGUUUUUUUAAAACCGCUCAAUGUCAUGUAAAUCUGUAGUUACUCAAAAGUAGAGAUCAGUUGAUCAGUCAGAACUAAUUUGGUCCACACUCAUUUUUUUUAAUCUUAGAUGUGCACUUACAACCAAUUUCAGUUUAAAAGCAGUCUGGAAUACAUGCUGACAAACACUGCUGCUACUGGACAUUGUGUUUGAAUGGGCAAGUUCUGUCUUAAACCAGAGAACCCUAGCUCAACGAAACACAUGCCAUUGCCUUAUUUUUUUAAAACAUUUGCUGAAUGCAACAUGUCAUAUAGAUAUGAUAUCUAUGCCACUGAUUUAUCUUCUAAUAAAAUUGUUAUUCCUCUUUCUUUCUCCCAUCAUGUUUAGCUGAUAGCAAUCUUAGAACAAGGAGAAAAACAAGGUGUAAGCUCAGCCCAAACCAGCUUCUCUUUCUUUGGAAAAUCAGAUAGAAUGCAAAAAAAGAAUGAAAAAUAACUAUUUGAAAGAUUUAGUUGAUGUUGUACUGGCAAAAUUAUAAGAGCAAAUUCUUUGACCCAAUUAAGCUGCAAACAUUUAAUUCUGAAAGAAUCAUAACCUAAACUAAAAUGACAAACCUUUUAGCAAAGGUGGGGAGAGAAAAAGAAAUGAUUUUAUUUUAUGUUGCUUUGGAAGAUUAAAAAGAAAAGUUCACAUUCAUAAAGCAUGCAUAACAAAACAGAUUAUUGUAAAUUAACUCAAAAAUAUCAACAAUUGCUUUUUGACUUAAUGAGAAGAUUCUUCAGUUCUGCAACCAUUUUGAUUUCAGAAAAUAUUCUUAGUUUUAUAAAGGAGGAACUUGCAACUAUAUGCAUCCUUCACAGCUUCAGAUUUUCUGCCAAGGAAUUGCCUCCAAAAUAUAGUUCCUGUUGUAAUAUAGGAAGAGAUGUUACUUUUGAGAGCUGGCUUUUUUAUUCUUGGAGAUCCAUUUCUGCUAUUUAUUAUUGCAAAAGUUAUUCUCUGGAAACUUCCACAGUUAACAUUCUAAGGUACAAUUAGAGAAAUUUACAGGAUCAGUAGGAAAUAUAUAACUCUGUAUUCAGAAAAUUAGCAGCAAGUUGUCAUUUGUCUCUGUAUCAGAAUUCAAAGUUCUCUCCGAGAGAUUAUCGGAGAAAUAAUAUUUCUUUGAUUUGCUGAUUUUCUAAACUAAUUGAAAAAGUAUUUACUGCUUUUAAUUCCUUUUUAUUCAUUAGGUAUGAUAUUAAUAUUUUGCGCAACAAUGUAAUGUUUUGUCACUACUAAAAUUGUAUUGAGUUGUAAUGGAAAUUCACAGUCUAAUAUUAAAUUAUAUUGAAUUUAUGUGCUGCAGAACAUUCUGCUAGACCGAUGAAGAGCUCACAAAAAUUCAAUGUAUGGAAUAAAUUAAACAUAAAAUUAUGGUUGAAUGUGUUAUUUACUGUAAAGGAGAGAAAGGAUCCCAUUGAAGGGCUUCCCUUCCAUUUUCAUUGAAUUUUUAUGGUCAUUAAAUAGAAAAAUCCUGGUUUUAAUUUUGAACAAGGAUUACACCCUUAAGAUUUAUUUUAUUUCCUGGAUUUUUGAUAAAGUUGAAAGGUCUAAAAUAAGAAUAAACCAUUUGGAAAAUUGUGCCAUCUUUAAUAACUUGUUCCAGAAGAUAGUGGUCACCUUCCUAUUGCUGCUUGUGCACCAUUAAGAGUUGCACUUCAAUUGUAUUUGACACUGGGAUAUGUUUUUUUUAUAUAGUGUGUUGUUUCUUUGAGAAACAUGGGAUAAAAUGUCCAAGAACUUCUGUGUUUUUUUUAUAUAUUAAAACUUGGGCAGAAGGUUGAGUGAAAGCCCUGAGACCUAAAGCAAAUUGCUGAGAAAUAUUUCAAUGUUCCUCUGGAAUACCCGUGAAUCCUCUGCCCAAGUUACAGCAGGAAGUCUGUUUACCUGUGGAGAUUCUAUCCCUGUGUAUAUAUAUAAAUGAAUCUUCAAAAGGAAUGGUUAGAAAUUUAUAAGCCCAAUCGGCACCUGGAAAAAAGCAAUACAGAUUAACACUUUCAGAUAGAGAUCCUUUGAUUUAUUGCUUUCUCUUACAGAUGCUACAUAGACACUGUAGUGUAUUUCCAGCAGUUUAACAUGUUCAUUGUUUACAUAUUUUUCUUUUCCUUUCUGAUAUAUAUUUAUAUUCCGGUAUUCCUACACCAAUACGACCUUUCCAAUUGGAAGUCAUAAUAUGAUUUUGGGAUUUGGGUUGGGGUGAAGAGGAAGGAAGACAAAUGGUGUCCACAAACGUGUCCAAAGAAUUUGAUGUAUUUCAUCAAGCAAGGCAAUGAGUGACCAAAACCAUUAAUUGCAUUUAUUCACUGCCCUUUUUGGCACAUGUCAAAUUUUAAAACAAAAGGUUGUAUUAUUUUAAAAUGUGUUUUUUUUAAUGUUGCUUUUAAAGAGCUAUUGGCUGCCAGCUUCAAAGUUCUAAUUACAAGUGAUGUAUAUUUUAGCCACUUUGCUGCAGAA